UAUCUGCUGUUACGUCAAUAUCCAAGCAAUAGGUUAAACUGUCAAUUCUCCGACCAGAAAUAUUGCUAGGAAAUAGGUUGAAAUAAAGACUGUUAAAAUUGGGAAAAAUACUUAUUAAAGAUGCCCGUACCAGGCGGAGUUUAUCAAAGUCAGGGACCAUCCUGUUUUGACAAAAUAAAAAUGGGUUUCAUGAUAGGAUUCUGUGUCGGAAUGGCGAGCGGUGGACUUUUCGGUGGUUUUACAGCUUUGAGAUAUGGAGCAAGAGGUAGAGAACUGGUCCAUUCCGUUGGAAAAGUGAUGCUUCAAGGAGGGGGAACAUUCGGAACUUUUAUGGCCAUUGGUACUGGAAUACGUUGUUAAAACGUAUUGGUUGUUAAAAUAACAAUUUUGUAUAUAAAGUUAUUACCUACUUAUUAUAGUGCUUAGCUUACAAUAUGUCUAUUCAUUUGUUUUAUUAGUGUAACAUUUUGUUUCUUUAACAAAUUUGUUUAUUAAAUAUUGUUAUUGAAAACAAA